CGGCUGCUGCCAGCGCCUGGCCCUGCGCACGGACAGGCUGGGAGAGCCGCAGCACGGAGGCUGCUUGCGUGGCAGGGUGUUGGUGGUGGGGUCAGGGCUGCACACCCGCGAGCCACGGUGGCAUGUCUGCAGGCAUUUCCUCGGGCCAGACAUGUGGGGCAGCCCAUGGCUCGGGCACUGGCGGCUUUUCCCCUACGUCAGUCACACGAGUGGGGCCCCGGAGCGUUCCCUGGGAGCCCGGCCUGGCUGCAGCCCGGACGGGUGAGGUGCUUAUGAGAGGCGCGGAGUGUAAUCAUCGUGGCUGUGGGAACUGGGAUAAUGAUGUCCCGCCUCACUUAAACACAGCUUCACACGGGGAAGUUUGUUCCCCGCUGCUGUCGGGCGCGGGAACUACAGCCCGGCCCUGUCAUGGAGAAACUACCGGCCCCAGCGUGUCCCGCGGCGCCGGGGCGACUACAACUCCCGGCAUGGCCCGGGGCGACUACAACUCCCAGCGUGUCCCGCGGCUCCGGGGAGACUACAGCUCCCGGCGUGCCCGGGGCCCCGUCCGCGCCGGUCGGGCGGGAGGCUGCAGCCGUGGCUGAGGGGCUCCCGCCGGGCGCGGGCCGCAGCCCGCCCCGCCACCCGCCGCUGCGAGCUCCGCUGAGGAGGACCCCCGGUGGCGGCCGGCGCGGCGGCUCUGCCGGCUUCAAGUCACCGGUCUCAUCUCCAAGUUCCUGCCAACCUAAUAGAGACAGUGAAGAAGCCCUGUUGCUUGAAAUUGAAGAGCUGAAACAGAAAGACCUUGCUCUGGACCAGGAAAUUGCACAAUUAUUGUCCGAAGGCUACAGCCUGGAGGAGUUGGAACAGCACAUCUCCCUGCUCCAUGAGUAUAAUGACAUUAAAGAUGCUGGACAGAUGCUGCUGGGCAAGCUGGCUGUUAUCCGAGGGGUUACUACAAAGCAGCUCUACCCUGAAUAUGACCUGGAGCUUAGUGACUAAUAUUGAACCUGAAGACCACAUCCUGCAAAAAAUGACUGUUACUGGACCAUUGUUUUGGUGUCAUAGCAGUUUAGACCUGAAAUAAGGUGGCUUCAGAAGUAUGUGGGUAGAAUUGCAACAGAAUUCCACUGGGUUCUCAGGAGAGCAUCAUCCAGCGUGAAGACACCGUCACGGAUCCUUCGCACUUGUGUGCACACUGCAGAUGAUUUCAGCUCCAGCCCAAUCUCAUGGACCAUUUUUCGGAGGUAUUGCUGAGUCUCAUGCAAGCAAUGGAUUUCUGGAAGAACAGAGACAUUCCUUCAGAAGCAGCACAAUGUUGACACAAACUCAUACCUCAUCUCUAAAUCCAGACAUCACAGUUCUGCUGAAUCCACUGGUUUGCAUACCACCCUUUGCAGACGUGGAUUAUGGCAAACAAAAUCAUCUCAUCUGUUUUAAAGACCAGUAAAUGCGAGGUAGAUCAGAUCACUGGAUACAUACAUCAGCAGGGCCUUAUGAUUUGUUCCUUGAAUGACAGCAAGAAUCCGUUCCAGCUUCUCCCUCGUGAUAUGAUCUGCAAAUGUUAAGGUAGAAACUAAGUCUCAAUCACCCAUCCAGAAACUGCAACUGUGGUUGUGUUUAGCACAGGUAGACUACAGCGUGGGCAUAACGACUAGAAAGCACACAAGGCAUCCAUCCCUUUUAUCACAGUGCAGUUUACCUAGCUCUGUGCUUUACAAUUAGCACGUUUGGUGUUCAGGUUUUGCAUUUAAAGACACAUCAAUUCAGUUUCUUACCAAAUGUUGUCUUCUCUACUAGCUUCCCUGUGUCUGAGAAGUCAUCAGUGGCUUUACCAAACAGCCCACCAACAGUGUAAACCUUGAAAAAAAGCAGAGAGUGCAAUUCAUCAAAGAAAUACUCCAAACAAUCAAGUAGCAACACUGACACGCAGCUGCUAGGAAGGGCAGGCUAUGAUGUUGCACAAAAAGACAGCAGCAUCCUCUGCUCAUACAGCCACAUGGGGACACUCCCGUGGGGAUGGAUUCUGGACCCUGACAAGCUCUCAAAAGCAUUGGUGGGUAUGUGACUCUAAAGCAGAAUUGCCACAAGGCCAUCACAGUACACUGGGGCAGGAAUUGAUCGUGAGGUUGCGCUCGGAUGCUCUGAGGCCCUUCAGAGCUGUUCCUUACCUUGGUCAGGUGGCAGUUGUACAGAUCAGUGAGCAGCUUGUUCCCCUGGCCUAUGCCAAGUACUGAAAUGCAGAAGACAGGGAACCUGUUAUUUAACUACUCCAAGUUUCUGACGUGCUGCACGUUGUCACUGCUUUUGUUGACUGAGAGUCAUGUUUGAGCAGUACAAUCAGAGCCCGAGUUACUGCUUGUCAUUAAAGCUGAGAUAAGCCUCUAAA